AAAUUAGGGAACUACGUGAAAAUGUAAUCGACGGUGAUGAGAAAGUACAUACACGGUGAUUAAUCUUUUGACCUUUUUACCCUCCUUCCUUUUUUUGAACGCUGACCAUCUUAUCGCGUGUUUUCCAAUCCUCAUUUUAUAUGAAAAAAGACGCGAAGUUCUCGACUCCAGUGGCAGUUGCCCAAUGGCAAACAAACUGAAACUCCACCCACAAAAAAUGGAUGCCUAAAUACUGUCUGUGUGUGAGAGAGAGAGAGUGUGUGUCCUUUUUUCAAUUCUUACUCAGAUCUGAAGAUCUAGUUGUUCCUAAUUGUGUUGGAAGCACUGAUCGCAGGGCUGUGUUCGGUUGAUGGACGAUGGAGUUCAUAGACAAUCUGCCAGCAAUGGAUCUGAUGCGUUCCGAGAAGAUGACCUUCGUUCAGCUUAUAAUCCCCGUCGAGUCCGCUCAUCGAGCCAUCUCCUAUCUCGGCCAACUCGGCCUUCUCCAAUUCCGAGACUUAAACAUGGAUAAAAGUCCUUUCCAGAGAACGUUUGUUAAUCAGGUAAAAAGAUGUGCUGAGAUGUCUAGAAAGCUACGAUUUUUCAAAGAUCAAAUACAUAAAGCUGGUCUGCCAACUUCUGCUCAUCCUGCUUCACAACCAGAUGUUGAGUUGGAAGAAUUAGAGAUACAACUCGCUGAGCAUGAACACGAGUUAACUGAAAUGAAUGCUAACAGUGAGAAACUACAACAAUCUUAUAACGAACUGCUAGAGUUCAAGAUGGUACUGCAGAAGGCAGUUGGCUUCCUUGUUUCAAGCAAGAGUCAUGCAAUUGAGCAGGAGAGAGAAUUAGAUGAAAAUGUGUACUCUAAUGAUCACUACGCGGAUACAGCAUCUUUACUUGAACAGGAGUUGCAACCUGGGCCAUCAAAUCAAUCUGGUUUAAGAUUUAUUAGCGGCAUUAUAUGUAAACACAAAGCCCUUAGGUUUGAGAGGAUGUUGUUUCGUGCAACAAGGGGCAAUAUGCUCUUCAAUCAGGCACCUGCAGAUGAUCAAAUCAUGGAUCCUGUAUCAGCAGAAAUGGUUGAGAAAACUAUAUUUGUCGUGUUCUUCUCAGGCGAGCAGGCAAAAACAAAAAUACUGAAAAUUUGUGAGGCAUUUGGCGCUAAUUGCUAUCCUGUUCCGGAAGAUAUAACCAAACAGAGGCAAAUAACUCGAGAAGUUUUAUCACGUCUAUCUGAAUUGGAAGCAACUUUGGAUGCUGGAAUCCGUCAUCGAAAUAAGGCACUGACCUCCAUUGGAUUUCACCUUACAAAGUGGCUGAACAUGGUUAGAAGGGAGAAAGCAGUGUACGAUACAUUGAAUAUGCUGAAUUUUGAUGUAACAAAAAAGUGUCUUGUUGGAGAGGGCUGGUGCCCAAUUUUUGCAAAAGCUAAGAUUCAAGAGGCUCUGCAACGUGCCACAUUUGAUAGUAAUUCACAAGUGGGUACAAUAUUUCAUGUGAUGGAUGCUGUGGAGUCACCUCCUACAUACUUCAGAACCAACCGCUUUACUAACGCAUUUCAGGAAAUUGUUGAUGCCUACGGUGUUGCUAGAUACCAGGAAUCCAAUCCUGCAGUUUAUACUGUUAUUACGUUUCCGUUUCUUUUUGCUGUGAUGUUUGGGGAUUGGGGUCACGGAAUAUGCUUACUAUUGGGAGCAUUAGUCCUUAUAGCUCGUGAAAGCAAACUUGGUUCUCAGAAACUCGGUAGCUUUAUGGAGAUGCUAUUUGGUGGCCGCUAUGUACUCCUUUUGAUGUCACUAUUUUCAAUUUACUGUGGGUUGAUAUACAAUGAAUUCUUCUCCAUUCCUUAUCACAUAUUUGGUGAAUCUGCUUACAAAUGCCGAGAUGCUUCAUGCAGUGAUGCACGUUCAGUUGGUUUAGUCAAAUAUCGAGAUCCGUAUCCAUUCGGUGUGGAUCCCAGUUGGCGUGGAAGUCGUACUGAGCUUCCUUUUUUGAACUCUCUCAAAAUGAAAAUGUCUAUUUUGUUGGGAGUGUCCCAGAUGAACCUAGGGAUUAUGUUAAGUUACUUUGAUGCACGUUUCUUUGGCAGCUCUCUGGAUAUUAGGUAUCAGUUUGUCCCACAGAUUAUCUUUCUUAACAGCCUUUUCGGAUAUCUUUCGCUUCUCAUUAUUAUCAAGUGGUGCACUGGGUCUCAGGCUGACCUCUAUCAUGUAAUGAUUUAUAUGUUCUUGAGUCCGUUUGAUGAUCUUGGUGAAAAUCAGUUGUUUUGGGGCCAGAAGCUACUUCAGAUCAUUUUGUUGCUUUCGGCGGUUAUUGCCGUUCCAUGGAUGCUUUUUCCGAAACCUUUUAUUUUGAAGAAACUUCAUUCUGAGAGAUUUCAAGGUCGUACGUAUGGGCUUCUUGGAACCUCUGAGAUGCAUCUUGAUGAGGUACCUGAUUCCGCCAGGCAAAACCAUGAUGACUUCAAUUUUAGUGAGGUCUUUGUGCAUCAAAUGAUACACUCUAUUGAGUUUGUGCUUGGUGCAGUUUCUAAUACUGCAUCCUACCUUCGGCUCUGGGCUUUGAGCUUGGCCCACUCGGAACUGUCAACUGUUUUUUAUGAGAAAGUUCUCGUCCUUGCCUGGGGGUACGACAACUUCAUCAUCCGGUUGGUGGGGCUAGCUGUUUUUGCCUUUGCAACAGCAUUCAUACUACUCAUGAUGGAGACACUUAGUGCUUUCCUUCACGCCUUGCGUCUCCAUUGGGUGGAAUUCCAAAACAAGUUUUAUCAUGGUGAUGGCUAUAAGUUCAGGCCUUUCUCCUUUGCAUUGUUGAGUGAAGAUGACGAUUAGCAUUUAUAUUCCCCUCAACUUUUUGGAAUUUUGCAAAGAAGAGAGUACGAAGGGGGAAAAAAAAAGAACUCUUUCCACCCCAGCAGAACUCUAGAUCAGAUAUUCAUAUAACCAUGUUGGUGCUGGCAAAAAAUCGUGCUUCUUCGCUUUUAACAUCAAGCAGGUCAAUUUAACUUAGAAAUGUAAGAUCCUGACUCCAAUUCUUUGGGUGUGAUGGUAUAAAAGGGUUUUGUUUAGACAUAGUAAACUGUUCACUAAGCGAUUCAACAUUUUUCAUACGUAAGUCUCUUUUUUCCUUUUCCAUAUAUAGGGACGGAGACUCAGUUGUUGUAAAGAAAGGAUCUUUUAUACGAUGUACCUCCAGGUGUUACUCCUUAUGGAGAGGCAAAUUUAUGAAAUGUCAAACAGACGCACACAUCAGUGUGUGUGGAUUUUGCAGAGAAUAAAGUUCUGUAAUAAAUCGCAUUCUUAAAGAGUUCUGUUUUAAUGUGGAUGUGUUAUGGAGAACUCUUUCAAUUCCAAAAACUUUGGUAGUGACCCUACUGUUGAUAACUAUUG